CCUUCCGCGCCCGCCUCCUCCUGACCUGCUCCCCGUUCCGGCUCCCGGUUCCUCCGCUCCCUUCUCCCGCCGCCUGGCCAUGCUGACCUCCCGCGGCCCGGCCCUGUGCACCGCUCUGCGGCGGGCGGCGGGACCCGCCGGCCUCGCCUCCUUCCAUUGCUCCGCCCGGCACCGCCGCUCCGCCCGCGUCGCUGUGGUCCUGUCUGGUUGUGGCGUCUACGAUGGCACAGAAAUCCACGAGGCUUCAGCUGUGCUGGUGCACCUUAGUCGUGGGGGAGCUGAGGUUCACAUGUAUGCUCCAGAUGUUCCUCAGAUGCAUGUCAUCGACCACAGUAAAGGGCAGCCAGCUGAAGCUGAGUCAAGGAAUGUUUUAGUGGAGUCUGCAAGAAUAGCUCGUGGUAAAAUUGCAAGCCUGGCUAAGCUGACCACAGCAGACCAUGAUGCUGUGAUAUUCCCUGGUGGAUUUGGAGCUGCCAAAAACUUAUCUACCUUUGCUGUUGAUGGGAAAGAUUGCAAGGUGAACAGAGAAGUUGAACGAGUCUUGAAGGACUUCCACAAAGCAGGCAAACCUAUUGGCCUGUGCUGCAUUUCCCCAGUGUUGGCAGCAAAGGUUCUCUCUGGUGCUGAAGUAACUGUGGGCCACGAAGAAGAGGAAGGUGGCAAGUGGCCUUAUGCUGGGACUGCAGGAGCCAUCAAAGAGCUGGGAGCAAAACACUGUGUGAAAGAAGUAACUGAAGCUCACGUGGAUACAAAAAACAAGGUGGUGACUACCCCAGCAUUUAUGUGUGAAACAGAAUUGCACAAUAUCUUCGAUGGCAUUGGGGCAAUGGUGAAGAAUGUGCUAAAACUAACUGGCAAAUAAAAAAAAAACAACAACAACACCAGAAAUGUUUAAAUUUAG